AUGGAAGACGCCUUAGAGCACACCGAUAUAAAUACACCUUUCUAUUGGAAAUUCACACUGAUCAGGGAAUUACAGGGUAGGGCAUCUUUAUUCUUCAUGGAGUUAAUUAUGAUGGUCCACGACGUACAUUUUCAUAAUCACCUUGAGUUUAGAACGAAUGUGUCUGAUGCUGGAAAAAGCAAAGAGGACGGUGGUGAUAGAAUGGAAGUAAUUUCGAGUCGGGUAAGAACAGUGGAAAGUACACCACCGAUUUCAGAAAAUGUCGUGUCGAGUUCAAGUAAAUCGGCUGAGAAUAGAGGAUCAUCUGGAAAGUUACCUAGAGAAGAAACAGGUGUCAUUUCACCGUCACGACACAUUCAAGUACUUCAGGAUAAUCAAGCCGAUGAUAAUUCCGAGGAUUACUGUUCCCCGAACAUUCUAUCAAUCGAGGACGUUAGGAAACGUCGCAAUUGA